AAACCUUCCUCCCACCUUCUUCUUCUUCUUCUUCUUCUUCCUUACUUCAAAUCCACGUCAAAUCCGCCUCAAAUUUCAAUUCUCUCGGCUCCAAUUCCCAAAAGCUACAUUCUUUCCUGCAUUCCCAAUAAGCUCAAACCGAAACGAUGUCGUUUGAGGACGAGGAGGAGUCGUUCGAGCACACGCUGCUGGUGGUGCGCGAGGUCUCCGUCUACAAAAUCCCGCCGCGCUCGACGUCCGGCGGGUACAAGUGCGGCGAGUGGCUCCAGUCCGACAAGAUCUGGACCGGCCGGCUCCGGGUCGUGUCCUGCAAGGACCGGUGCGAGAUCCGGUUGGAGGAUCCGAACUCCGGCGAGCUCUUCGCCGCCUGCUUCGUCCCGCCGGGCCAGCGCGAGACCUCCGUCGAGACCGUCCUCGACUCUUCGCGCUACUUCGUCCUCAAGAUCGAGGACGGCACCGGAAAACACGCCUUCAUCGGGCUCGGGUUCGCCGAGCGCAACGAGGCGUUUGAUUUCAACGUCGCGCUCUCCGAUCACGAUAAGUACGUGAAAAGAGAGAGUGAUAAUGACGCCGCCGGCAGCACCGCCGGCGGCGACGACAGUCACAUUGAGGUUGACCCGGUGGUGAAUCAUAGAUUGAAGGAAGGUGAGACGAUAAGGAUAAAUGUGAAGCCGAAGCCGACGAGUGGGACCGGGAUGUUGUCGGCAGCUGGGCUAUCCGGGGCGGCAAAGCCCAAAUCACCGGCUUUGAGCCUGGCCCCGCCGCCCGGGUCCGGGAAGCCCAGGUCACCUCUGCCACCGCCACCAAAUGAUCCUGUUGCUGCUAGGAUCAACUCUGGUGGUGUCAAACAGGAUAAUGUAUCAAGAAAGAAAUCCGACCCGUUAUCGGAUCUUUCUCAAAUUGAGAGGAAUCUGCCUCCAACAACUGGAUCAGGAUCAUCCACAAAGACAAAUGCGGUAGGAUGGGCAGCAUUCUGAUGGAGAGAGCAUUUGUUAAUUAUAAAUGAAGGUGUUCAUUUUAUUGUUUUUGUAUCCUUGAGGAGAAAGAAAAAUGUGAGAAGAGAAAGAAUAACAAAGUAUUUGGAAGAUUGUCAUACUGCAAUGUAUUUUCUUUUGUCCUGUUAUCAAUGCUAUUUUCUGUUGCCGGCCCCAGCAACUUCAAAUUUGAACUUUUCACUUGUAUAUAAUAGAGAUGUGUUUUAUC